AUGUCGCUCACUCUGACGCCCGCGCAGUGCGCAAGGGCUGCAUCUGCCUACCGAGCGCUUCUCCGGUCACAACGGCUCACGUUCAAGGGCGACGAGCUGGCCUUGAAGGCCGCUCACCAGCAGACCCGCAUCCUCUUCAACCGCUUCAUCCCCUCUUCCUCCGCCUCCCGCUCGCCCUUCGCUGCGCAGAACCCGCUCGUACCGCCUCCACAGCUUGCGCCAAAGGACGAGUUGACGCCGGAAAAGGUCGACGAGCACAUUGAUGGCGCGUUCGAGAUUGCCAAGUUCUUGAGGACGAACGUCGUGCAGGGCGUGCGGACAGACGAGGGCAACUACGCCCUCCGCAUCCACGACGAAACAGAACGAGGCGACAACGACACAGUCAAGCAGCCCAAACCGCUCGACAUUCCCUCUGGAAACCAGGGCGUGCGGCGGCGGCGAAGACGGCGCGAGGACGAGGCGGAAGCGGUGCCGGUCGGAUGCUGUGGAGGUGCUGGGGCGGCAUAG